UUGUCAACGGGCUUUUCCCCCAACUCAAGUAGAAUUGCUUAGGAGGGUAGAUGUUGUUUCUUCUUUUGGUUCUGAUUCUGUUUCUUCAAUUGCCUUCAAACGCCACAAGCAAUUGGCGUCUUUCAAGUCCAGAUGACUCGUAUGGGUUGUAUCAUGUAUGACUAGUUCUCUGCUACCAUGAUCGUUCAGAACUCAAUGAGCCAUUGACUAUGGUUGUGCUGAGGGUUGUUUUCGAGCAUGUUCUUUAUACAUUUAAGUGGGUUUUAUUAGGCUGAAUUAAGUUUUGCAUUCCAUUACAAGAAUCAACAGUUUUGUGUUGCUUCCUGGAUCCUCUUAGACUACCGGAGAACUAAGUUUCCCUUUGGAUUAUUCUUAUUAAUUGGUAUGUUUAUGCCAAGUCGUUUUCAGCUGUAUCAUAUUUGAUUAUGCUACAACAGCGUGUGUAAGGUCAUUUGAGUAAUUCGUGUGGGCAUGUACUAUCUAUGUAAGUGUUCUUGUCAUGAGAUUUGAGGAACUAUUCAGUCUUAUGAAGUCUUUAUAAUCUGGUAAUAAUCAUGUUCUUGAAAAACAUAGGUGAGUUUGAGUGUCCUAUUGAGUUUAUAGUUUCUGAAUUCUCAAAUGCUAGAUCUGGUUACAUCUUUCCUCGAGUUAAUGAUGUCUAUUUUAGUGGUGAUACGUAUCAGGUACAUGCAACUUUCACUGAAAGUGAGCAGCCCAAGUGGUGGGAAAGAAAUGCAGGCCCAAACAUGAUUGAUAUUCACUCCACACAAGAAUUUUUGAACGCCUUGAGUGAGGCUAAAGAUAGGCUAGUUAUUGUCGAGUUCUAUGGAACAUGGUGUGCUUCUUGCCGAGCAUUAUUUCCCAAGCUUUGCAGAACAGCAGAGGAACAUCCUGAAAUCUUGUUCUUGAAAGUCAAUUUCGACGAAAACAAGCCCAUGAGCAAGAACUUGAACGUCAAGGUUCUUCCAUAUUUCCACUUCUACCGUGGAGCAGACGGAUUGCUGGAGUCCUUUUCUUGUUCCCUUGCCAAAUUUCAGAAAAUUAAAGACGCCAUCGAACUACACAACUCGGAUCGCUGCAGCCUUGGUCCCCCUAAAGGCGUCGGCGAUCUAAACCUCGACAAUCCCUCCCCUCCAAGGAAGGCAGCAGAAUCAUCUCCAACAUAGUUGUUCUUAAUUAUAUACAAGCAAUUGGUCGUACGUAGAGUUGCAUAUCCGUUCCUCUUGAGGAAUCCACUGUAGCUUGUAGCAUUCUACGUGCAGUUAGCUUUGUGUAAUAGCAGUUUUUUUCUGGUUGAAGAAGGGAUCAUCUCUGCUGCAUCCUUUGUAUAGGCUUGUAGCUAUUCUUUUUACAUGUUAUUCGUUGAAUGGUAUUGAUUUCAACAAGUAACUUGAAUGUUGCCUGUGUUAAA